AAGUCGGCUGAGAAGAAGUAACAAUGAGCUUAAAACAGAUGGUUGUGUUCUGUUGUGGGUUUCUUUUGCUGAGUCUCACACAAGCCUCAUUCGAACACAAGAGGAUCUGUGACAUCGGCCUGGUGAUCCCGAAACAACUCCACACUGGGGAGUCAGGGACGAUGGAAAGAAACGGCAACAUCAACAACCGCUCGCUGUCUGUCUGGAACUGGAUCCCUCACCAUGGCGCCAACACGAUCCCUGGUGUGAUAUUCGAGGCCAAGUGUCAGUCUCAUCACUGCGCGUAUCCUAACAGGCCCUAUCACGCGGAGCUGAACUCAGUGCCGAUAUACAGCAACAUGCUGGUGCUCACGCAGGACCAGAGGAACAGGAAGUGCUUCACUGUAAAGUUCCAAAGAGUCGCUGUGGGCUGCACAUGUGUGUGGGCCAAAUCAUCACCGUGAAGUCUCGGAGUCCACUUCAGCCCAGUGGGUUUAACACUUGAAUAAAACAAGAUUCAUUUGAAAUUUGAUUUGCUCCAAUUUGUGUAAAUUGUUCCAAAGAUGUGUUAAAUAUUAGUUAUGAAUAAUGGAUUAAAUAUUAUAAGAUAUUUACAUUUAUAUGUAUAAUCUAUACAGUACAUGCACUCUACACUAAUACAGCAAACUAUGCGGACAUUGAUGUGAGAUAUUAGAUGAUGACUAAAUGUUUAUCAGUUUGGAUACUUCCCUGAACAUGUGAAGCUUAAACUAUUCGUUGUCCCAAAACAACUGCUUAUUAUGCUAAGGUUAUUCUAGGGGAAGUUAUUAACUUGGUUUAGGAAUUAUGUACAUUAACUUACAAUCUGUAGGUUAUGGUUAGGUUAAGUAGUGUCCG